AUGGCGUGCAUGAGUCUCUCAAAUGAAGUAUAUAAGUCAUUACGACCAUCCGAGAUCCUAAAGUCGGAGUCCUAUACUACAAGUGUUUUCAACACGUUAAGCAAGGAAUAUUUAAACCCAUUCGAUGUGGAACUAGAUACCAGUUUUCUUUACAACUUGGGCUCGGGUACACCGAUAGAAGAGGAUAUCAGCGAAGAAAUUAUGAACUAUAAUAGAAUAGAAGGAGAAGCGUUGUUUGAAACAUUCAUCACUGUUAGAAUACUGAAGAAAGAAAUACUUUUCCAUGAUCUCAUUAAGAGGAGGAACUUAGUAUUAUUCAAGGCAUCCUCGAAGAAGGUAUCGUUGACGAGAAGUACUGUCGUGAAAACAGUAGAAGUCAACAGAGACAUUUUGGGUACCUUUCUUGCUUUGACAGCGAAGACAGAAAAAGUUAUCAACUUUGAAAAUGCAUUAGAAUAUCCACUUUGUUCUGUCCCGCUUAGCUUGGCAUGCCCUGAUAGCACACCUCGGAAAACUGCUAAAAGUAAACUCUUGGAUGUGCUAAGAAAAAGAUGUUGA